AUGUCUGUCAAACAAUACUUAUGUGGCCCCUGUUUGGCAGAGAAAGCCGAAAUAGAUGGCGUUGUGUAUUGUACAGAAUGUGAGGAACCACUUUGUGCGCAGUGUAAACAGGAUCAUGCAAAGAUAAAAGUUUCAAAGCACCACAAGUUGUGUGACCUUGCGGAUGUACCUCCCCAGGAGAUACAAGAACUCCUGAAGAACCUGAUAGCCUGUCCGAAUCACGAAAAGGAAGAAGUGGUUUAUCUGUGUAAAGACCACGAUAUGACGUGCUGUAAUAAGUGCGCGAUGGCUGAUCACAGAAAAUGCGAGGAAGUAAAGGUACUUUCUGAUAUUUUGAAUGAUAUAAAAGUGGAUUGUACCGGACUGAAGAUAGUGUUGCAAGACUUUCAACAGCAAGGUGAGCGUCUUUUAGAACAUGAACGAAAUCACGAAGAAUUGGUUUUUCAAAUAGAAAAUCAAGCGUUGGCUUCACUCCAAAGUGUUAAACAGAAACUCUUAGACAUAUACGCUCAACUGGAGAAUGUAGUGCUAUCAUCUAUUGCUGAUAAGAAGAAAGUUAUAGGAGAAAAAAUUAAAACAAACAACGAUAAAACACGUCAGUUUUUGAAUGACAUUAAACAGCAGUCAACAUGUUUUGAACAGGUUCAGAAAUUCGGAACGAAUGAACACGUUGUUCUCCUGCAACGCCAGCUUGAAAAGAAUUCGGUUAGUCGUCUGAAAUCAAUCAUAGGUGAUUUGGAGAAAGAACUGAAAACAAGAAUCCCGUAUUACGAUGUUACUAGAAAUGUCCCACUCAACCAGUACAUCUCAUACAUCAAAUCAGUCCUAGUGGACAACAUAUCAGGUCUCUACCUGUAG